AUGAAUCAAAACGAUACCUCUUCAAUGGACAUUGAUUCGGAAACGGCUAAAAAGCUUUUCGAUCAUGGCGCUGUACUGCUAAUCACUGGUGUUCCUAGAAAAACGGAAUUUGGUAUUGACUUGUGCUCAUACACCACCGAUGAAAAUUUCCGUGGCGUCAAAAUGAUACCGCCAGGACCUCAUCAUGUUUGGUGCGCAUCCACUGGACCAUAUGGUGAUACAGCUCCUCGUGUAGGAUUUGCACAUUUUUUCCACGAGCAAGAGAUAUUGGUAAAGGAAUGGGAUGCCGAGAACGAAGAACUACGAGAUCGCCAAGUCAACGACCCCGAACUUGAAUUACAACGUAUUAGAUCAAAUCUAAAAUCAUUGGAUAUAUAUUUGGCGCCAUAUGAUUUCCGUUAUUGGAAUGACUGGCGUAAAUUGACAGACACCGUUAGCAAAGACACCUUGGACAGAUGUCAACCUUCCCUGGGUGUUAUUCGUACCAAUGCAGAACUGCAGUCAUGUCCCGAUUCUGAAAGACCUAGGGGUCCUCUAUAUGAGACACGGCCAGGAACAGCAGCCAAGUUGAUAAUGAAUGAAAGUGAUUUAUUGCCAAAUCUCAAGCCAGUUGAAGGAACUGCUCCGAGAUUUUGUAUGGUUCCCAGUCGAGUGCCCAAGGAAUGUACACCUGCCGAGAUUUCUAAACAUUCAUUGGAUUGUAUUGAGGCAUGUGAUAUAUUGAUAAGCAACUUCCCUCAAGCUCAAGAUCUUAUUGAAGAAAUUCAAUUAUCUUUUGCGUUUUUCCUCGUUGGUUAUUCCAUUGAAUCUCUGGAAUUUUGGCGUAAAGUUUUAACAAUACUCGCAAAUUCAGAAGAUUCGGUUACAAAAUAUAGAUUGCUGUAUAUGAAAUAUGCCGAAGUAUUGGCAUUACAAUUGCCUCAUCUGCCAGAGGAGCUAAUGGAAGCUACAGAACAUAAUAGUAUCUACAAAGAUAUUCGUUCGUUGCUGGUGAAUUUAAAUGCAUGUGGAUUGCUCAAAAGUGCCGAACAUUUAACGAAAAAACUUAAGAACAGUAUGAAUUGGUCUUUUGAAGGCCUUUUGGAUGAAGAUCCCGAAGAUAUGCCCGUCGUGGUCGAGUGUAGUUAGUAAGUAUAAGUUAAUUUUUACAAAUACACAGUAGUUUUACAUAUAUUGAAAUUUUGCA